AUGCCUCUUGGCCGCAACACUAGACCUGAUAGUUGGGCAUGGACAACAGACCAUCAAGGAAAAUACACUGUACAGAGUGCAUACCAGCUGCUGCAGAAACAAAAACCAGUUGUUGUGCGACCGAAUAACUCUGGUUUUUGGAGAAAUUUCUGGCAUCUGAAGCUUCCUCCCAAGGUCCUGAACUUACUGUGGAGAGCCAUUGCAAAUACACUCCCGACUUGUGUUAAUCUAGUCACAAAACAUGUGCCAAUCUCCUCUCAAUGUCCGGUCUGUAAUGCUGCUGCAGAAACAACAACACAUGAACUUCUCACCUGUGCUUUUGCUCGAUCCUACUGGGCAUUUUUUGGCUGGCCGAUUGAAACUGAUCUUUCUAUUUCCUUUGGCCAUUGGUUUGAACUGCUACAGCACACAGAUGACAAGGAUUUCAUCUGUCGAGCAGCCACUUUCUGUUGGGCUCUGUGGAAAGCUCGCAACAAAGUUGUCUGGAAUAAACGCACUUCAACUGUUAAAGAAGUUUUGGCUACAUCUUCAAUUACUCUUGAUCACUGGAGAAAAGCUCAAGAUAAAAGUGCUCUUUUAUCACUAUCAUUUGGAAAUAGUGAUGAUGGGGCUGAGCUUUGGACACCACCUGCAAUUAACAAUCUCAAGAUUAAUGUAGAUGCGGCUCUCUUCCCAAAUGACAACUCAUAUGGCUAUGGUCUUGUGGUUAGAGACAACACUGGCAAGUUCCUUGAAGCCAAGACUAGCCAUUUUUCUGGUAGCUAUCCGGCUGAAGUAAUUGAAGCAUUGGGGAUAAAAGAAGCUCUUAGCUGGAUAAAAGGGAAAAAUUGGGAGAAUGUGGUACUUGAGUCAGACAGUCUUUUAUCUGUGCAAGCAAUAAGAAGUAACCAAAAGAUGUCCUCUACUUUUGGAAUUGUUAUAGAAGAUUGUCGUUUAUUGUUUUCCUCUUUAAAUAAUGUAAAAAUACGAUUUGUCAAACGAUCAGCAAAUCGAGUUGCUCAUGCUAUUGCAAGGCAAUCUCGGUUUAUUCCUGGUGGUUGCAUUUUAGAGCAAGAUAUCUGGCCCAAUUUGAGGGAUAUCUUGCUUUUUGAAUGCUUUUGA